CUAAGUCACUACAGAUGCCGGGAGACGAUAAGAUAGCGAUGGCGGGCCAUACAGUGUAACCCCAUUGUCCCUGGGCGCUUGCAGCGUCUUGGCUCACCAGCAAAGAAUUUAGGGCUGGGAGGAAACAGGAGCGCGCACAGGGGCUUGAGCCUUGGGAGAAAACUGACUGUUUUCCGUUGGUUCCCGUCGCACAAGAGGAGGAUAAACGAAGGCAUGAGCGAAAAUGGAAGGUGCAUUGUAGAGAGUGACGGACGACUAUUGAACUGUUCCCAGCAGUCCUUACUGAGGCUUUGCAAUGAACUCGGCGGAUGAUAGAAUGGGCCGUGGUGGCUCACCACGGCACUGCUCCGUGCUGCUGCGCUCACUAACGGCUGCUUUGCUCGUGGGUGCAGUCCUAGUGUCAAUCAGUGGUGGUUGUUGUGCCACAGUGCACCGUGGCCAUACUCUGACCAGUGACAAUACAGAUGCAGCUAAGGCAUACGCCAGCAGUGCAGUUGCACCAAACGCGGAAGGCUCUUCUUCCAGGAGGGCCAGGCGUUCUGAUGAGGACAGUGCCUCUGAGAUGAGGUCAACUGCAGUCAGCUCGGAUGCUGAUACGGACUCAGAUAGCUCCAGCUCAGACGGAGAUGGACAGCCUGCGGUUCAAGGCGCAAUACAAGAUCCUCAAGCUGCGGUUGUGGAGAUUCCCACUGACCCAGCCGAGGUGGCUAUACCGCCAGACACAAGUCGUGGAUUUGCCAUACCCGACAUCUUCGCUGGGCCAGCGUUCAUGGCUGGUGUUGGCGAUAUACCUGAGUUAACAGAUGGAACUAUGACGGACUCCAACGGCAACGUGGUGGCCAGGCGCAAAGGCAAUCCACCCACUGCGCCCAAAAAACCGGCAAACUGUGCUCAGAAAGUCAUAUGCAAACAGGUCGAACUAAUGCGGGAUUUCGUGAGCUUUGCAUACGAGUCGGUUUUGAACGUGCUGUACGAGAUCUCGUCGACGGCGAUCCCAGCGAUCCUGAAAGAAACCAAGAACUUAGCAAGCGGACGUCGCGAGUGUUCAGACAUCCUAUUCAUGAACAGUACACACUUGGUGGUGUCCAUUAGACACGGAAAGGGCGAUGCGAUGGUCAGGCUCAAGCUCGCGCCGCUCCGCGCUGCGGACGGCAGUCACAUACCCAGUGAAUCGCUGUACACGACCGGGGAGCUACCCGGGUUUGGAGCGCUGCAGAACCACAUAACGUACAAUACUCGUGGACAGCCGGUCAAUUCUGUGUUCCUAGUGAGGUUCCCCAAUGCUAAGAAGUUCGUCAAGUUCCCAGUCACAGGACAGGAGUGCAGCAAGUGUGGCGAGCCUCGCGCACCCGUCUACCCCGUCCGCCUGGAUCUCAUACCGAAGUCUGAGCCGGAACGCGCAAUCAGAGAGGCAGCUCUCACCACCCUCAUUGAGUACACAUGUAUUUGAAUACUAAUGAUAACAUGUGUAAGUCGGAAAGCCCAGGCACCAAGCCCCGGUCCAGCAGCCCAUGCUUUUGUUGUAUGUGCUUUCUUGUAAAGAACACUAAGUCUUAGUGAUUUACAUUUGAGGCAGUAGGAGAAAAUUAAUGUUAGUUCUUCGUCCUUGCAAGCAGCUUCUUCCUACAUGUACUAAAAUUAAUGUCCACAGAACAACAAGGGCAAUCAAGGCUACAGCUGUAGUUUGCCUCUACUCUGAGUUUCAUGCUUACGAGAUAAUCAGCCAACAAAUGUAUACUAAUAAUUAUUAUUAUCUAGAACGAGGUCUGUCUCAUUGUCCAGGAGACGACCAAUCAGUAAGUAAAUGUACCGGAUUUGUUUGUAAUAUACUUUAUUAUUAUUAUUAUUAUUAUUAUGAAAUGACCCAAAGGCAAUGUGCCUAUCGAGGGGUUCAUUUGAUUGAAAGAACAGUAGAUGUAGAU